GGACCGCGUUUCGCAGAAGACAUGCGUUCAGUCAGGAAGAGGUGGACUGUGUGCACGAUAAGUCUCCUCCUCAUCUUUUAUAAGACGAAAGAAAUAGCGCGGACCGAGGAGCGCCAGGAGGCACCGCUGGCCGGAGAUGGUGAACUGAGUUUGAGCAGAACAAUGGUCAAUAGCUCUGAUAAAAUAAUACGAAAGGGUGGCUCCUCAAUCUUCCAGCAUGCUGUAGAAGGUUGGAAGAUCAAUUCUUCUUUGGUACUGGAAAUAAGAAAGAACAUUCUUCGAUUCCUGGAUGCUGAAAGAGAUGUCUCAGUGGUCAAAAGCAGCUUCAAGCCAGGAGAUGUAAUCCAUUAUGUACUGGACAGACGUCGUACCCUAAACAUUUCUCAGGAUUUGCACAGCCUUCUUCCUGAAGUUUCCCCAAUGAAGAAUCGCCGAUUUAAAACCUGUGCAGUUGUUGGGAAUUCUGGCAUCCUUCUGGACAGUGGGUGUGGAAAAGAGAUUGAUAGCCAUGACUUUGUAAUCAGGUGCAAUCUAGCUCCUGUGGUCGAGUUUGCUGCCGAUGUGGGAACUAAAUCUGAUUUUAUUACCAUGAACCCAUCAGUUGUACAAAGAGCAUUUGGAGGCUUUCGGAAUGAGAGUGACAGAGAAAAAUUUGUGCAUAGACUAUCCAUGCUGAAUGACAGUGUCCUUUGGAUCCCUGCUUUCAUGGUCAAAGGCGGAGAGAAGCAUGUGGAGUGGGUUAAUGCAUUAAUCCUUAAGAAUAAAUUGAAAGUGCGAACGGCCUAUCCAUCACUGAGACUUAUUCAUGCUGUCAGAGGCUAUUGGCUGACAAACAAGGUCCACAUUAAACGACCCAGCACUGGUCUCCUCAUGUAUACGCUUGCCACCAGAUUCUGUGAUGAAAUUCAUCUGUAUGGAUUUUGGCCAUUCCCAAAGGAUUUACAUGGAAAGCCAGUCAAGUAUCAUUAUUAUGAUGAUCUGAAGUAUCGGUACUUUUCUAAUGCCAGUCCUCAUAGGAUGCCAUUAGAGUUUAAAACGUUGUAUGUAUUACAUAACAGAGGAGCACUUAAAUUAACAACAGGGAAAUGCGUACAGCAAUAAAGCACAUGUAAAGUACAAUAA